AUGCCGCCCAGUUUAAUGGUCUCGCCGCCUCCAAACGAUACGUCCACGUCCAUUGCCGCUUGUAUUAAACCACCACAAGUGCCUUGUCCUUCGACGACUGCUACAAGAAACUCUAUACAAACAACACGUGGACGUACACAGAGUCUUCCAACGACAGGCGAGCAACAUGGGUAUCAAGAGACUUUAUGGAUGCAACAGGCUGUUGAUCGUGGACUUUUUCGUCGUUUUGAAGCCGUGAGUAAAGAAAUUACAAGACUUUUACGGAUACAGAACUUGGAGCCGCUUCAUGAGACAAGUACGGACAUUGUAGCGCCUCAUUCUGAGCUUGUUCAAGUCCAAACCGAACUUACUCGAGCACGAAGACGUUCGAUACGUCUUCGUGAAGAUCAGAAACAUAUGAUUCAACAAUUUGAAGCGCAACAGGAUCGUGGACUUGUGAGAAAAUAUUUGGCGUUUGCUACUGGAUCUUCUCGUCAUGAAAAGAAAAAGACGGAAGAAUUAAAGAAGAAAUUGGGACAUCAUAUGGCUGAAGCUGUACGAACGGAUGCAGAAUUGCAACAAUUGGAGCGACGAUCGAGUUCUCUAGUGAGUGAAUGGAAACGGCGGUCUUCUUUUUCUAUGAGGUCUGCAAGUGGACAAAGUUUUUCGAUUCAAUUAGAAGGAGAAGAUGAUAUGGAACAUGGUGACAAUUUGAUAGAGGAAGAUGUUGUGGAUGAUGACGAGGACUUGGAUGUAGCUGAACGACUUGAACGACUUGAGAGAGAGAAACAGAAAAUGCUCAGUCUUUUAUUAAGAACGUUGCGGCUUCCAGAUGCUCUUGUGAUGCACACGAACGUAGCCAUGUAUGCCUCUGAAGCACAAGCUUGUGAAUCGAUUAAGAAACAGAUUGAUCGUGCUACUGGACUGUACCACCAGGCACUGCAGCUGCUACGCAUGGCAAUGGCUACUGUUGUCUCGUCGCAGUAUUCGGGGUCCGCGAGGGAAUUUGCCAGCGGUCCCUUUGCACUCACAGUCGAGGCUGGUCAGCUCAUGGAGGCGGCCGCUAUUGGUAUCCAGCCGGAGGCUCGCCGUCGAUACCGACAGUUUGCCCAAGAGAUGCAGAAUUUGCGUCUCCCCAAGUUCCCCCAGAUCGUGAGCGAGUUUGUACGUCGUGGGCGAACCAACUUUGACCCACGCAGUGCAAUGGCGCAGGAGGCUAUGAGGAGAUUUCCGGCGUGCGAAACCACCAUGGUGAUGACGCACAAGCUUGCGAUUGAGAAACUAGAUUUGCUUGAUCGAUGGAAACGCACGGUUGAAAAGGACCAGACUUAUGCGCUCGAUUCGCAACGUCGUCUUGAGACGCACCUGCAGCAGCGUCUCGCCGUACUUGCUCGAUUCGUGUCGGUAUGA